GCACGGUGGUUCAAUCUCAAAGCAUUUCGACUCAGACCACGGUGGUACAGGUGCUAUUCCUGCUUGCCAACAGUCGUUCAUCUAGCCCGCUUGCGUGCUCGGUAUGAUUUCCCCCCACGCAGCUGUCGUCUUCAUGUCCCUCUUCGGAAUCGUGCAGGGCACCCUUCGGCAGCAAUGUUGGGACACCGUCCCCUCAUAUCACCUUGAGCGAUGCGACAAAUUCCUUAUGUAUUAUUCGUGUCAGUCCCAGGAGUGGACCUGGAUAGAUGAAAAUUGGGGCCCAGCCACUGAGAUGUGUUGUGCAUGCGGCGGCGGCACGCCCUGCACGGACACUGACUACGGAGCUACAGACAUGUUGGGUAAGGGUUGCUCGGGGAUUGUCAGCGCCUUGAUUGACUGUCCGCGCUUGUAUGAUGAUUGGGACUUCUCGGCCUAUGAUAUGUGUUGUGAUUGCGGCGGCGGCUGGAGAUCGACGCCAGCACCUACGCCGCCACUGCCGCCGACGCCAGCACCUACGCCGCCACCGCCGCCGACGCCAGCACCUACGCCGCCACCGACGCCAGCACCUACGCCGCCGGCGACCACAACAAGCACCCAGACGGCCACCACUGCCACGCAGACAGCCACAAAAACCACCGAGACGGGCACGAGUUCCGCCUCGCCCAGCAGCAGUACCACCAAGACGACCACCACGACGAUCACCAGGACGGCCACAGGCACGAGCUCCUCCACCUCAAGCACCACAGCCACCACCAAUACGGUGCAAACCGCAACGACUGUGUUGGGCGGUAAUUAUUCGAUCAAUGCGCCAUGGGCCGAGGAGCAGCGAGACUCCGAGGGAUUGCUUGCAGUCUUCGCUGGUGCCGUGAUCUUCCUCCUGGCCUGCGUCGCGCUGGGCGUGGGCUGUCUGAUGAGGCACGGAUGUCCUGGCCGUGGCAGGGGCCCAGCGCACGACCGCGGCAUGCGCGACGCGCAGAUUGAGAUCAGCGUGUCGGAGUUGGACGCGGAGAUUGAUGAGCACCAGCCUGACCAGAAGGAUGAGUUGCCGGAGACCAUGGACUUCUGGUUUCUCCCAGUGACAGCACUCAUGAGCAUGCCGCGCAACAAGCCCGUCUUCCGCCACCAAGUGUUGAGGGACCUUGGUUUGUUGGUAAAGCGGACCAUGACCCUGGAGGAUGUGUUUGGUGGGCGGUUUGUUGCUGACACAGCAGCAGUGUCCCACCGUUGGCCAGAGCCAGAACACUUCGAUCCGAACGGCAGCAAAUUGUGUGAGUUGCAAGACAUAUUAGCAAAGAGCCCGUCGAUCAAGUUUGUAUGGAUCGAUUGGGUAUGUGCACCUCAAUGGCACGGUGGCGGGCGGACCGAUGAGGAGGAGGAGGAGUUCAGGAUGAUCUUGGAGAACAUCUUACCCUUCAUCUUUCUCGGUUGCACGGUUAUUGUGCUGUAUGAGCGUAUCUAUAAUCAACGCUUUUGGCCAAACGUGGAGUGUUGGAUCGCCACCAAGAUGGUAACGGAGGACGGGCUAGUGCCAGCUACCGAGGAUCGGCUCCGAUUGAAAGUCCACGGCAUCGAGUCAGCAAAGGAACUGAAUUGCACCGUCAUUGUACUCGACAGCUGGCACCAUGCUGAUGCGCAGACGGCUAUCCACAUCCUGUCUCAAAAGGACAUCUUGGUCACAAACGCCAAGGACAAGGAGAUCAACUUAAGGGUAGUCGGCUCUCUGGACCGCCUAAUCCGCAGCCGCGACAGGAUGCCCAUCUAAGUAGUUGGUAUCUUCCGCGCAUGUGCGAUAGCUAUUCUCGUUCUUAUUCCUUCGCACCUCCUUAAUCACCGUUGCGGGUCUUGUUCCCCUCCUGCUCCGCAUAUUUCGUGUUGUACAAACGGCGAUUGAGCUUGCUGGUCAGGUUAGAAGGCAGGACGAGG